GCUGUGUAUAUAUUCCUUGAAUUGAAUGUUAUCUCUCUCUCAGAACCUUACGGUGUCGUUUUGUUCCUCCGUUUCCAAUACCUUUGCCUCUUCCUGGUUGUGAUUUUCUCUCUUGGCGAAAUACCUAAAACAAAACAAAACAAAACAAAACAAAACAAACGGCACAUUAACAAUCUUACGCUAGUUUGUGAAAAGAAAAUAAAAACUCGUUCUUUUUCUUUCUUCUUCAAGAAAUCAAGAAACAAAGAAACACGCACACAUUGUGGCGUUGGGUGGGUCGUUCAAUGAUCAAGAAACUGGUAUGCUCAAUCUGCGCCGAUAAUCUCUUAUGUUUGCUACGGCAAUGGAUGAAAAGAAAUACAAUCCUUAAAUUUGUAAAAGAGCAAUCUCCCGUCACAUUUGCAAUUGCUGCAGAAUAUGUUCAUGUCUCAGAUUGCCCUGUCUUUGUUAUAUCGGGUUCUUACGAGGGUAUCUCAGCGAAGGACAUGUGGCAUGAAAUUAAACAGGUUGAUCCUUUCCUGCAACUGGUUAACGACAGCAAGUUACAAGCUGUUGUUAAUACAGUUAGGCAGCCAAGUAAGGUUUACGGAUCAAACGAGGAUCAUGAGUAUGCUUUAAAUGCACUUUCAUCGAUCAAACUAACUGAAAGCCAGUCAAAUGAAUCGUUUGCUACUAUGAUAGUGCAGGGUCUAGAAAAACCUGUAAAUGAGUCAUCCAUGUUAAAAGAACGGCUGCCUAAUAAAUUUUCACCAGAUGAUGCAACAGGAAAUGCUUACCAGUCUGGACUAAAGGACGAUAAACAUUCUGAUAUGGUUGAUAUUCCAUUAUUUACUAUUGAUGAUGACAUUCCAGAUUCUGGUUUGGGCCAAGCCAAUGCUGGUGGACAACAGUUUUCAGAUAAUCUAAUCCUGCUGAGUGUUGAUGACAUUUUGGGUUCAGUUUUGGAGACAACAAAUCAUGUAGGAAGGAUUUCUGUUUCAACACCUUGUAACAUGCCAUAUAAAGAAAUGGCGUGUCAUUGUGAAAACCUCCUAGCGGGUAAACAACAGAAGAUUUUCAGUUCAUGAGUACCCAUUCAUUAUAUGGAAAGCCGUUCAGGAUUCCUGCUCCAGAGUACAACAACAAUAAGGACGAAUCCACAAAUUCUAAUGUUCAACAGAGUUUGCCUUUGAGUGGAAAUCCAUUCUUGGACUCAAACAAAAGCUCUACAUCACCCGGAACAUUGCCCGAGACUGGUCUAAGGCUUUGUGCCACAGAAUAUCAGCACCAAGCUGCCUUCUUUCAACUACCAGCGUCACGCCCAUAAGCAUUCUAUAACACAAGUACUUAGAAUUUCCUCUCUAUCAUUUUCAUUCCUACAUAUUUGCUCUAUCUGAUUUAUAAUCGAACCUUGUUGGGAACAACCAGGCUUCUUGAUUUUUCAGAAACCUUUAAUCUUCGAAAAAACUGAACCUGCAAAUUUUGUAAGGGAUUGGAUUUCUUGAUACCCAAAAAAUGUUGGAUAAAUUACCUAAUGACUCUAGUCCCUGAAUGUGAAAAAGCUAGUUCUUGCCUUAAUUGCUACUCAAGCAAUUGUCUCUAUCGGUGUCUUCUUUUCUAUUAAAUUUUUUUUAUGAUUUUUUAUUCAUAAUAAUGCAUAAAUGGAUGAAUAUUCUGCUUUGAUCACCCUUAGUCCCUAAAUUCAAUCCCGCAACUGCAAUUAAAAGUGAUAUUACAUUAUAUGAACUUAAUGACCCUGUCCCUAAUGUUUCAUAAGUUUUGCACGGGAUGAAUGCUUCAUUGACCUUUGAGGAAAAUGCAUUAUGAAUGCUUUCUUGAUGCCCACAAAAUGCUGGAUAAAUUACUUAAAGACUCUAGUCCCUGAAUGUGGAAAAGCUAGUUGUUGCCUUAAUUGCUACUCAAGCAAUUGUCUCUAUCGGUGUCCUCUUUUCUAUUAAAAAAAAUUAUGAAUUUUUAUUCAUAAUAAUGCAUGAAUGACCCUUAGUCCCAAAA